UUGCUAUGUGCGUUUGGUUUGAUAUCAUGGCAUAGUCCGUCCUUUAUCUAUAAGUGUUCGAACUCUGAUCAUCCGCCGAAAAAGGAACGUACUCCAAACUUCGUGAUACAGAUUACGAAUAACAUAGAUAAUCACAUCUGAUAAAACGAGUUCAUAUUGAAUUAUCAGGUACUGCCAUAGCAACAAUUGUGAACCAACUCCAAAAUGACGGACAUAAUGAAUUCCCAAUUCUACACGACCACAAUUAAGAAGGCUACAGCUGUCAGUUUCAGUGAAUCGGGAUUUUUCAUCUCACCAACACAACUCAAUCUAAUUGUUGCAAAAUAUAAUUGUUUAGAAAUAUACUUAAUUAAUGAACAUGGUCUUUUAUUACUAUCAGAAACGGAAUUAUAUGGACAAAUUGAAAUAAUGAAAGUUUUUAGACCUAAAAACCAGUUUACAGAUCUUGUAUUUGUAGUAACUGCUCAAUAUAAUGCAAUGAUUUUGGAAUUUAUUCAGACAUCUGAUAAAAUUGAAAUAAUAACAAAAGGUCAUUGUAAUGUAUUUGAUAAUUUUGAGAUUUCAACAGGUUUUAUGGCCAUAGUUGAUCCUGAUGCCACAAUAGUCAUGCUAAAAUUAUUUGAAAGAAUGUUUAAAAUCAUACCAUUAGACUAUAAUGAGGAUGAACUUAAACUUAAAGUAUAUUCUUAUAUAACAGAAGACACAAAUGUUCAAGAUAUUGGUUUUAUACAUGGUUUUACUAAUCCUACUUUUAUUGCUAUUCACGAGAAUACCAUGGGUCGAUUUAUUAAAAUAAAAGAAUAUAUUUCUUUUGAUACGAUGAAACAUGUAAAGGGUUUAAAGGCUUUUAAAUUAACUGAUAAAGAAUCUUCAAUGGUCAUUCCUGUUCCUGCACCUCUAAAUGGUGCUAUUAUUGUUGGUGGAAGUUCAAUUAUAUAUAUUGAUAGCUCUGAUGAUAUUACUCUUCUUCCCUUAAACCAGAAAAUUGAUAUUGUAUGUUAUACUAGAGUUGAUUUGGAAGGAACUAGAUAUUUACUUGGAGACCAAUCGGGAUGUUUGCUUAUGCUAUUUUUAAAGUGUGAAAAAACAUCAAUCGGAAAACUUAAAGUUUCAGAUUUAAAUAUACGUAGUUUUGGAGAAAUUAGUAUACCUACAUCACUUACAUAUUUGGAUAACAAAGUAGUUUUUGUUGCAUCUAAAUAUGGUGACUCUCAACUCAUUAAAUUGCAUUAUGAAUUGAAUAAAACUGGUUCGCAUAUAACAGUAUUAGAUCGAUUUCUUAAUUUAGGACCAAUUGUUGACAUGUGCUUAGUUGAUACUAACCAACGUGGUUAUGAUCAAAUUGUUACUUGUUCAGGGGCAUAUAAAGAUGGAUCACUUAGAAUUAUAGACAAUGGAGUAGAGAUUCAACAGAGAGCCGAAAUUGAUUUGCUUGGAAUUAAAGGAAUUUGGACUUUAAGUUUUAAUACUAAAAGUGAUUUAGACGAUACAUUAGUAUUAUCUUUUGUUUGGCAUAGUAAAGUUUUAGACUGUAAAAAUGAAGAGUUUGAAGAAAUAUGUAUUGAAGGUUUUGAAACUGAGUUACAAACAUUUUACUGUGGUAAAACAUUAAAUAAUAAGAUGGUUCAAAUAACAUCUGCUAGUGUUCGAUUAAUUUGUAUGGAGUCAAAAAAAUUAAUAAGUGAAUGGAAAAUCCCAGAUUUCAAAAAUAUUAAUGCUGUAUCAUGUAAUGGCCAACAAGCGAUUUGUGCUUCAGGAAAGGAUCUAUAUUACGUAUAUAUUGGAUCACGAAACGUCUCUCAAAAUAAGCAUAUUACAUUAAAACAAGAAGUAUCCUGUCUCGAUAUUUGUUUAUUUAAAAACAAGUUUGAAAAAAAUAUCACUUUGCUUGCUAUUGGCUUCUGGAGAGAUGUAUCAAUAAAAAUAUUUAAACUUCCAGAUUUUAUAGAACUUGUUAAUGAACUUUUAUUUGAAGGAAUUGUUCCUCGAUCAAUAUCCUUUGUAACAUUAGAAAAUAUGCACUACUUAUUUUGUGCAUUGGGAAAUGGAAGUUUAUUUUAUUUUGACUUAAAUGUUAAAACUGGUAUGUUAUGUAAAAAACGGAAGAUUGAACUUGGUAAUCAACCAGCUUUAAUCAAAAAGUGUAAAACUACAUCAAGUAUUUUUAUAUGUUCGGAUUACCCAGUUACAAUUCAUUCUUCUAAUAAAAAACUGGUUUUUUCUAAAGUUAAUUCAAUAAAAGUUAAUAAUAUAUGUAUGAUCAAUACGGCUAUUUAUACCAAUUGUUUGAUUCUGGCAACAGAUACCUCUGUUAUAAUUGGUAUUAUUGAUUUGGGGAAAAAAUAUCAUGUGCGUACUAUUCCCCUAGGGGAAUCCCCUCGGCGAAUCGCAUACCAAGAAUCAAGCAAGACAUUUGGCAUAAUAACUAUCAAAAAAUAUAAUAAAAUUGAAAUUAGAAAUGGUUAUAUUCAUCCUAGUGCUAGUACUAGUACACAGAAUAUUUCUAGUGCAAUAGGAAAUCGUAUUGUAAUUGAUCAACUAUUGACAAGCAGAUGUAAAAGAAGAAAAUUCAAUUACAAUCCAGAAUUAGAAGUUAGUAAUAUGAUUAUAUUACAUCAAGAUACUUUUGAAAUUUUACAUGUAUAUCAAUUAUAUCCCAAAGAAUAUGCACUAAGCAUACUAUCAACUAAAUUGGGAGAUGAUCCAAUCACAUAUUAUAUACUGGGAACCGCUCUUAUGACAAGGCAAUCACAAGAUCCUAUAGAGGGACGAAUUAUUGUUUUCCAUUAUGAUUCUUCUUUAUCAGAACUGACACAUAUUUCUGAAAAAGUUGUUGAUGGAGGAUGUUUUAGUAUGGUUACGUUUCAUGACAUGCUUGUAGCUACAGUUAAUUCUUCAAUAAACUCAUAUAGCUGGACUUCUGAAAAAAAAUUAGUUCUUCAGUGCACACAAAAUAAUAACAGUAUAUCUCAACAUAUUAAAACUAAUGGAAACUAUAUUCUUUGUGGUGAUUUAAUGAAAUCAUUAGCAUUAUUUACCAAAAGUGGUGAAAUCAAUUUGGAAAAGAUAGUUUCAGACGAUUGUCUUAAAUGGCCAUCUGCCAUAGAGAUUAUUGAUGAUGAAUUAUUUAUAGGAGCAGAAAACGAUAAAAACUUAUAUAUUUUUUAUAAAUCCAGUAAUUUAGAUUCUGAUAAUUUACAAUCUAAAAGUUUUCAAGCAAUUGGUCGAUUCCACUUGGGUGAUUUGGUAAAUAUCUUUAGACAUGGUUCAUUAGUUAUGAAACAAUUUGAAGAUACAUAUGAAACUAAGUUGUCAAUUAAAGGAAGUAUUAUUUAUGGCACAGUUAGUGGAGCUCUUGGAUUUAUUACAAAUAUGGAUCCAAAACUGUGUGGCUUCCUGUCAGAUUUUCAAAAUAGUUUAACUACUGUUGUUAACAAAUUGGAAAAAUUGCCCGAUCAUCAUCAAAUACAAUUUACAAAAUCUAAUAAAGGAUUUUUAGAUGGAAAUUUGUUUAAAAAAUUUUUGAAAUUGUCCAUUUCAAACAAGAAGUCAGUUAUCCGAGAACUAACGGAAUCGUAUAAUUGUGAAUUCCAGACAAUUUUUGAAGGUUCAGAAGUUGGUAUUAAAGAUGUAACUAGACUCAUUGGAGAUUUAACUAAGAUAUACUAAUGAAUACUAAAAUCUAUCUUAAGAGAUUUUAAUACUCUGGAAUUUACUCCUGAUAUGG